GGGUAAUGAUCAGUAAUCAGAAAGGACUGCUGUAUCAUGUCGGACUGUGCGCACUCAUUUAUUUCCUAGUCUAAAAUAUGGGUCCUGCGCGGGUUUGCGGAAUCGCUGCUACUGGUUUGUUAACUUUCAUACUGCUUCAGUGUGUAUCAUCAGCAGAGGGGUCGGAUGACAGCCCAUGGUACCAGGAUCUGUGCAGUUACAAAUGGGAGGCCAUUGACCAAGACAGCAAUGUGACAUACACUUUGAAGCUCUGUGAUUCUUCUCCGGAAACAGAAUGUGGAAAAGGAAGCGCGGUCUGUGCCCACAAGCUGAAGACUGACCAGUUCCAGUCAGUGGGUGAGCUCUCCUUGCGGAAGGUCUCGCCUGCUGUGCUUGAUUUCAACAGCUCGAGGAAAUGCGACGACAAGAGCAGCAACAUUCAGAGCAGCAUCACCUUUCAAUGCGGCAAAACAAUGGGCACACCUGAGUUUGUUACUGUCUCUGAGUGUGUGCAUUACUUUGAAUGGAGGACGUAUGCCGCCUGCAGACGUGAGAAAUUUAGACCACAUAAGGAGGUCCCCUGCUAUGUCUUUGACUCGGAUGGAAAGAAGCAUGACCUCAACCCAUUGAUAAAACUCUCAGAUGGCUACCUGGUUGACGACCCAGAUGAUGAAAUUGAUUUCUACAUUAAUAUAUGCAGAAGUCUAAACCGUGCUGGAAACCUGUGUCCCGAGGGAUCUGCAGCCUGUCUCACCUCUGGCGAAGGUUCCUUCGAUAUGGGUCAGCCUGUUCAUCAGCUUGAGCUGCUCUCAAAUGACAAACUAAGGCUGCGGUACGAGGGAGUCAAAGAAAGCCCAGCCUUCUGUAAUGGCCACAGUCCAGCAGUGACGAUUACAUUCAUUUGUCCAUCCGCAAGGCAGGCGGGAAGUAACCCUAAGAUGAUCAGCAACUUGAACUGUCGGUAUGAGUUUGAGUGGGUGACUGAGUACGCCUGCCACAGAGAUUACCUGGAGAGUCAAAGCUGCACACUGACCAGCAAACAGCAUGACAUCUCCAUUGACCUUACUCCCCUGACACACAACCCUUCAGGCACACCCUAUAUGGCUGAGGCCAAAAAUGGCAAUGACACCUAUAUCUUCUAUCUGAACGUGUGUGAGAAGACCAAUGCUGGACAGUGUGGUGAUGACAAAGGUUAUGUGUCUGCCUGCCAAGUCAAGGACACGGGUGGUGUGAAGAAGAUUGCUGGGAGAUUCCAGAACCAAACUCUGAGGUAUUCAGAUGGUGAUCUCACUCUAAUCUACCCAGAUGGCAGCAGAUGCAGCACUGGAUUCCAGCGCAUGACCAUCAUUAACUUUGAGUGCAAUGCAACGGCUGAGUAUGGCAAGCCGGACUUUACGGGAGAGUCUGACUGCACGUAUUACUUUGACUGGCAAACAUCGUACGCAUGUGUGAAGGAGAAGGAAGACCUGCUGUGUCGAGUCACAGACCACAAGAAGAAGCGUUAUGAUCUGUCGCCUCUUACGCGCUACCCAGAAUCUGAGGGAUCUCAAAACUGGGAGGCUGUGGGCGCCAAGGCAGCAGAGUCUGAUAAGAAACGUUUUUACAUCAAUGUUUGUCAUAAAAUCAUCCAAGAGGGGGAGGCCAGAUCUUGCCCCGAGGACGCAGCAAUAUGUGCAGUAGGAAAUGGGAAAGCUGUGAACUUGGGCAAAUUCCUGAUUUCUCCGCAAAAGGCGGCAGAGGGGGAUGACAUCAGACUCAUUUACACUAAUGGAGACAAAUGCGGGGAGAACAUGAAAAUGAAAACCAUCAUCACUCUGAAGUGUAAGCCUGGGGAUGUUGAGAGCGCUCCAGUCCUGAGGAGCGUGUCCAGUGAUGGCUGCAUCUAUGAGUUUGAGUGGUUCACCGCUUCAGCCUGCGUCCUGUCUAAAACAGAAGGCGACGAAUGCAAAGUGGACAACCCACAAGCAGGAAUUUCGUUUGACUUGUCCCCGCUUCAGAAACCUAGUGGAGGUUAUUAUAACAUGUCCGUUGACAAGUAUGACUACUUCAUCAAUGUGUGUGGCAAUGUGAAGGCCGCACAGUGUCCAGAAACAGCAGGGGCCUGUCAAGUUGACCAGAGUGGCACAAGCUCUUGGAAUCUCGGCAAGUUUAACUCCAGGCUUUCCUACUAUGAUGGCAUGAUACAGUUGACCUACAGAAACGGCUCUCAGUACAACAACAAGCAGCACACGCAGCGUUCCACACACAUCUCCUUCCUCUGUGACAGAGAGGCUGGUCCAGGAAAACCCGAGUUUCAGAAAGAAGAUGAGUACACAUAUAACUUCAAAUGGUACACUUCCUUCGCCUGUCCUGAGAGACCACAUGAGUGUGUUGUAACAGACCCCAAAACACUGCAGCAGUACGACCUGUCCAGUUUGGCAGUAUCUAAUGGCGGUAGGAACUGGCAGGCCAUGCAAACCUCUGACCCCAGCGGCCCGAGGAAAUACUACAUCAAUAUAUGCCAGCCACUUAAAGCCGUGCCUGGCUGUGACAGGAGAGCUUCUGUCUGUGAGGUGAAAUUUGAGGCUGACAAGGAAGGCCUGUCUGAGAAGGUAGAGAUCAGCAACUUAGGUAUUGCUAAGAAGGGGCCGGUGAUCGAAGAAGAGAACCAGCUAAUGUUGGUGUACACUAAUGGCUCAGUGUGUGAAGCAGAUGGAGUUAUGACCACUUACACAACUCGUAUCCACUUCGUCUGCUCAUCUGGGACAGCACCAUCUGGUCCUCGCUUUUUGAUGAACCAGAACUGCACCGUUGACUUUGUUUGGGACACAGAAGCAGCCUGCGCCAUCUCAACCGUUGAGGACACCAAUCAGACCUGCUCAGUGAAAGAUCCCAACACUGGCUUUGAGUUCAACCUGAAACCACUGGCUUCAGAAAACGGAUACCACGUCAAUGCUCAUGGGAAAGACUUUGUCGUGAACAUUUGUGGUUCUGUGAAAGAGUGCGGAACUGUCAGAAAUAAAUCUGUAUCUGGCUGUGAGCUGGAAGAUAAGAAGCCUGUGAGUCAAGUUGGCGUGGAACAGAAUCUCCAGUUCUCCACUGUCGGCACUCUCACUCUCACAUACAAAGGGGUCCUGGACAAAAAGACAGGUACCGAAGACACCUUCAUCAUAAAUUUUGUGUGUGACCAGAAGGCCAACCCACCCUCUCUGAGGCUUAUUCAGGAAGAGCUGGGCACAACUACACACGUAACCCACAGUGUGUUCUUCGAGCUUUCCACUGCACUAGCCUGUGAACCUGCUCCUGUGGAUUGCCAAGUCACAGAUUUACAAGGUAGAGAGUAUGACUUGAGUGACCUCAGUCUGGAUGACAAGUAUUACGUUCCUCUGGACACCUCAGAUCAGGCCCGCUUUCAAAAGUUUUACAUCAGUGUGUGUAAACCGCUGCCUCGCGUCCAGGGCUGCCCUGCUGGAGCGAUUGGAGCAUGUGGCCAGCUGAAAGGCAGAGGUGUAAAUCUGGGAUACGUGCAGUCCAGCCUGCAGGCAGCGGCAGAUGGCUCCAUCAGUAUUGUUUAUCUGAAUGGGGACAAGUGCGGUUUAGGACGUUACUCCACACGAAUCAUCUUCCAGUGUGAUGACAGUCCUGGUGCACCCAUGUUUGAUCGCAAAGAUGACUGUGAAUAUGUCUUCAUCUGGAGAACCUCAGAAGCUUGCCCAAUAAAAAGAGUGCAGGGUGAAAACUGUAAAGUCAAGGACCCCAAGAGCGGCUACGAGUACAAUCUUACACCACUGGCCGGAAAGGACUAUGAAGUCAAGAAAUUUAGUUAUGAGUAUCACUUUGCAGUGUGCGGCCCAAUUACAUCCUCGGUCUGCCCUCACGGUCCCAGCAAUUCAGUGUCCUCCUGUCAGGUCGAGGGCAGUACACACAGAAUAGCAGGCUUAGCCAAUCAAAACCUCACAUUUGAUGAUGGGAUUAUAAUGAUCAACUACACGAAUGGGGAAAAGUGCCACAAGAUUUACGAGCGAUCCACGGCUAUUCUCUUCUCCUGCGACCACAGCAAGAAUCCUGGUAAGCCGGAGUUCAUAAAGGAGACUGCAGACUGCACAUAUCUGUUUGAAUGGCACACAGCUUUGGCCUGUCCUUCCUUCAAAACCACAACCUGCUCCUACAAUGAUGGCAGUGGCCACUCCUACGAUCUAUCCUCGCUGGCACUGCACAAAUCCAAUUGGAUUGUUGUGCCAGAAGCGACCAAUCAGAAGCAGCGUUACUAUAUCAAUGUGUGCAAGUCUCUGGUGCCUCAGACCGGUUUGUGGAGCUGCCCGUCUAGCGCUGCGGCCUGUCUGAAGGAUGGAGAUAAGUAUGUGAAUCUGGGGGAGGCAGAGGCGGGUCCACAGUGGGAUAAUAACAUCCUGAUUCUGAAGUACACCAACGGACAAGCCUGUCCUGAUGGCAAGAGAAACCGGACCACCAUUAUUCAUUUCAGAUGCGAACCAGACAAAGUGGACUCUGAACCUACUCUGAUCAUGGCUCUGGAGAACUGUGUCUAUAGCUUUGUGUGGUUCACUGCUGCAGCCUGUCCUCUCAACAGCACAGAACACGGGGACUGUAAAGUCACAAAUCCAGCCACAGGUCAUCUCUUUGACCUUAAUGCCCUCAGUCGGACAGGUGGCUAUACAGUCUAUGAUCCCUCAGCCCAUAGGAAGAUGUUCAGACUGAACGUAUGUGGAGAUGUAGCCAAUGCUGGUUGUGCCCCUGGAACAGCCGUGUGCAUCAAAGACACUCAGAAGGCCAUAAGUGGUGGGAAAACCACAAGGCAGCUGGUGUAUAAGGAUCAGGUGGUGGAGCUCACCUAUGAGGAUGGAGACGCGUGUGCCGCCAACCCUUCCCUCAAACACAAGAGCAUCUUCGGCUUCGUCUGCAAGUCUGAGGGAGGAGGUACAGAUGAACCCGUGCUGGUGUACUCGGAUGACACCACUUGUACUCACUUUUUCUCCUGGCACACUCCUCUGGUUUGCGAACAACAGGUGAAGUGCUCCGUUUGGAACGGUACCAACCAGAUUGACCUCAGUCCUCUGAUCCAUCUCACUGGUUACUACACAGCUAUCAACGAGGAUUUAGGCAGGGACAAGUCUCCUGAUUUCUACAUCAACAUCUGCCAGCCCCUCAACCCCAUCCCAGGGGUCAACUGUCCUCCAGGGGCCGCAGUGUGCAUGGAUCCUGUUGAUGGAGAUCCAGUUGACAUCGGACGAAUCACCUCCCCUCCUCGCUAUAAUAUCAACACCAAUGAGGUGGAGAUCACCUUCAGCAGCGCAACCGUCUGCCCUUCUGACCCCACCUCCAACUACUCCUCCAAGAUCGUUUUCACCUGCCAGAAAGGGGCAGAACUGGGUUCUCCUCAGAUGAUCCGGGCUCAGGACUGUAUGUAUGUGUUUGAGUGGGCCACACCUGUGGUUUGCCCGGAGACCAUCACAGCGCACGGCUGCAGUCUGACCGUCUCCCAGCUGCGCUAUACAUUUGACCUCUCAGCUCUGUCAGGGACCGUUCAGGUUUCUGGAAGCUCUGGCUCUUUUAAUAUCAAUGUGUGUGGGACUGUGGCGGGCACAGCAUGUAAAGACAGCGCGGUAUGUCUGAUCUCAACGGCCUCUGCGGCUUCAUACGGGAACAGCAAAAUCAUGAACUUAGACUACAAGAGAGAAGAGCAGGCUGUGAUCAUGCAGUACAGUGGAGGAGACACCUGUCCUCAAGUUACAGUUAAAAAUGAAGUGUGCACAUUCCCCUUUAAGUUCCUGGACAAGUCUUAUACUGAGUGCACAACUGAGGGCAGGACUGACGGCAGGACGUGGUGUGCCACUACAAGCGACUAUAACAAAGAUCACAAAUGGGGCUUUUGCUCUGGCGUACUAUUUGUACUCAAGUACUACUUCAAUCUCUGCCAGGCCAUUCAUGGAGGCCAGCCAGGGUGUGCAGCAGACGCCGCCGUGUGUCGCAGACGUGCCAGCGGGAAGACCGAGACUCUGGGCCGUGUUCACACGCAGACCAUGGAGUUAAUCGAUGGAAAGAUCCUCGUCAAUUAUUCCAUGGGUGACAAGGUGUGUGGAAACAAUAAACCAGCAAGAACAAUCUUGCAGCUGAAGUGUGGCAGCACAGUGGGCCAUCCGAAGUUAUUCAAGGAGGAUAAAACAGCUUGCGAGUACUGGGUGGAGUGGGAGACUCGAUCUGCAUGUGCUGUGAAGCAGGAGGAAGUGGAGAUGAUCAAUGGAACCAUCAGAGUACCCGAGACAGGAGCCGUUUUCAGCCUGGGAGCACUUUAUUACCGUUUCCACAACGCCACAGGAGACAUCCGUUCCAAUGGAGAUCGCUAUAUCUACCACAUCCAGCUGUCAGGCAUCACCGACAGCUCCAUUUCCAAUUGUCUGGGUGCCAAUAUCUGUCAGGUCAAGAUUAAUGACAGUUACCGCAGAAAAAUUGGCUCCUCCAGCAAAGCAAAGUAUUAUAUAAAAGGUGGAAAUCUUGAUGUCUCGGUACCAUCUGAAUCUGUAUGUGGACGAGACAAAACCAAAACUGUGUCCUCGACCAUCCUGUUCCACUGCAGCCCUACGGCAGGAGAAGGUAUCCCAGAAUUCCUUCUGGAGACAGAUGGAUGCCAGUAUCUGUUUGUUUGGCACACCGCCACCGUUUGUGAUUUUUUUUCGUCCAGCUCCAUGGACCCGCACAGCACUGAUGGAGGGGAGGAGCAUACUGGAUUGUCUGGGCGGAGUCAGGCUUUAGGGGCGGUGCUUAGCCUGCUGUUGGUUGUGCUCCCAAUCUGUUUGCUUGUUCUUCUGCUGCACAAACGAGACAGGAGGCAACUUGUAAUACAGAAAGUGUCAAGCUGCUGCAGGAAAAGAAAUCCAGUAUCCUACAAAUACUCCAAGGUGAACAUAGAUGAGGACGGAUGUGAAGAUGAGAUGGAAUGGUUAAUGGAAGAGACCGGGACGCCCACGCGGGAGCCACAAGGGAACGGUCACAUCACCACCAAGCCUGUCAGCGCAGACGCCCUGCACUCCUUCUCCCUGGACGAGCAGGACAGUGAGGACGAGGUGCUCACAGUCCCAGGGGUCCGAAUCGCCCCUUCAUCGUCCACUUCCUCACGGCUGCAGUCAGCUUUGCUGAAAUCAGAGAGCGAUGAGGAUCUGGUGGGGCUCCUGGUGGACACACGGAGCAGAAAUAAGACCCGAUACAGCGGCAGAAACCAGAGCAAACCUCAGCCAGACCCCGAUGACAGCGACGAGGAUCUACUUAAAAUCUGAGGGCGCCGGGGGGCCCCGAACUGAACUUUUGAAUGUCUCAGCCACCACGCUCCAAUUGUUUAGUUGCUCCAUUUUGGGUUUUCUAAAGGGAAAUGUCUCUGUGAGCUGUUUACAAGACAGCUUUCAAGAGCAAGUUGGUCGAUUCGUCCACUAAAUAGAUUCAAUGCCUUUCUGACAAAAGAAGUUUGUCAUUUGAUCGUUUAUUUGUUUGUGUGUUCUGUUUUCCAUUGAUUAAGAUGAAUUGUGUACAACAUCGUAUGUGAAUUCGGUCUCCCACAAACUUACAGAAAUUGACUAUCUAGAUUUUUUUUAUUGUUAUUUAAAGAUUUUUGGGUACUGUUUUUUGUUAAUUCACAAGCUCGCUGGAAAAAUACACUGUUCUUUGAAAUAAUUAUGGAUGAUUGUGGCAGAUACAGUCAAAGAUCUUUUCUAAACUACAAUCUGUAGCAGUAUUUCAUAUAUCUUGAGCCAUGUAGCACCGAGAGGAGAUUGAUCCGCUUUGCCAAGUUCAUAUUUAAAUCACAAACCUUCGAACAUCAUGCUUCGCAUUUGCGUUCUGCAUCGGCAUUCACCUUUCACUAUAGCAGCGUUCAUCUAAACCAUAGCAUCCAUCUGUUAUUGGGUGUUUUAUGCAAUGCUUUUCCCCCCUUGUUCUGACAAAAUGCAUAGAACACUGAGCACAUACAGAGAUUUAGUGCCAUGAAGGAAUGCCAUCGCAUGUAUGACAGCUGCAGGCUUCCUUUAGAAUCAUAAUUUCUUAUCGCAAUCAGAAGAAAAAUUAUUGCAUUCAUUGUCGUGUUUAUUUGCUUUAUUGUUUAGUAACACUUUACGAUAAGAUUCAGUUCAUUAAUGGGACAUGGUAAUGGUUAAAAAAACUGAGAUGGGAGAUCUUUUGCGUUCGCUCGUAAAACUUUUCAGUUCCUUCAAGAAACUUUGUUUGCUCACAAAACUAUUGCAUUUGAUUGUAUAACUUUUGCUCUCCCCUGAGAGACGUUCGUUCGUUCGCAAAACUUUUGCAUUUGAGUGUAAAACUUUUUAAUUCCCUGGAGAAACUUGCAAAACUAUUGCAUUUGUAAAACUUUUGCGGUUCGUAGAGAAACUUCGUGUUCACUCACACAACUCAUAAAUCAUCAAACUUUUGCGUUAUCCUGAGAACCUUUGUUUGCUCACAACUAUUUGAUCUUAAAAAUCCCAGAUAAUUUUAUUUUUCAUUCGCUUACAUGUGUUUGAGCAUAAAACUUCCCCAAAAAGCUCUUCCGUUUGCUCACAAAACUAUUGUUUGUAAAAAAAAAAUUGCGUUCCCCUGAGAAACUUUUGUAAAACUAAAGUAUUUGCUUGCAAAACAUUUGCGUUUCCCCAAGAAAUUUUGUCAUUCACUGACAAAACUUUUGUGAUGGAAAUAAUAUGAGGUGGGAGGAAAAACUAUUUUUUAAUGCUUUUACAAGUGAGCGCAAAUUUUCUCAGGGAAACGCGAUAGUUUUGCGAGAGAACAAAUGUUUUGCGAGCAAACGGCAAGUUUACAAAUAAAAAGGAUUGCGAGAGAAUGCAAAAGCGCUCAAAUUUAGCCUCUAAUCACCAUUUCCCCUUGGCUCCAUGUGAACUAACAGUGAACAACAAUUAGUUUUUUUUUACAGAAUUUAUUAAUCUGUUAAUUUUAUAAAUAUUCUGUUACUACUUAUUUCAUGUUUGUCUAUGACACAUUAACUAAUGUUUAUUUAUGCAACUUGAAAUGUUGCAGAUGUAUUAGAAUAUGUGGAAAUAACAUUAACCUAGGUUAAUAAAUUCUGUAAAAAUAUUGUUUAUGGUUAGUUGGUGACACCAAAUGCACUAAUUAACAUUAACAAAUUGAACUUUGUUGUAAAUAGACCUAUUCUUUUCAUCGUUUUUUGACGUUUUAUUUUAUGUUUUGCACAGAAGAAAUCAGUGCCUAUGAAAGAAGCCAAAAGUACAGCAGGUGGCAGAAAGCCUUUUACAAAGCACUUUUCCCGUUAGCGUGAACAGUUUUGUUUUCAGUUGCAUUAACCGAAUACAACACCUGCAAAAAUAAUGCGUUUUAUUUGCUGAAUCGGUUUCAGCUGAUGUUCUUAUGCUGACUAACUCGGUUUUAAGAAAGAUGCAUACAUUUACAUAAGUUGUGUUGCAGGUUUGCUGUCAGCUCUCCAGAAAAGAUUUACCAAAAUAAUCUUAUCUCAUGGCAGUGAAGGUACAACCGGACACUGGUCCUGUUUGGCAGCAUGUGUACAGUGUUUUUCACUCCGGCUCUUUGCUCUAAUAUUUUGUCUCAUAGGCUUGUAUUACCAUCCGUCAGGGUAUUCCUCACAUAUAUGGUUGCCAAAUAAAGCCACACCAGUUCUGUAUAUCCGUCAUAACUCGCUGCUCCUGAGACGGUACGUCAAGAUGCGUGAAAGCAUGCCUGUUAGUACUUUGCACAUUGGUGGACAGUUUUUUUUCCCCCUGUCCUUUAGGGCAGAAAGUGGAUGGUGCACUUGAUAGCUAGGUCAUCACGUGCUCCUGCUCUCCUUACUG